CCCAACCCCUUUUUUCUGUUUUUAAUCCUGAAGUCACUCAAAGGCUUGUCUCGGUCUCAAUGGUCUCGAUUAUUACUCCAGUUAUUUUCCUGAGUGGAGAAUAGAUGGGGGCUAUUACUCUUAAGAUCCCAAAGUCACUUUUUUAAGGCAUUCGCCUGGAAACCUCUGGGGAUGGGGUACGGGAACACACUCCUCCCUCCGAGGCAGCAAAUUACAGUCAGGCAGAACUGGAUUGCAAAAUGUGUGGGCUUAGCAGUAUGAGUGUACAGGUAUGGUGAGACCAACAGACGAAGAGACGAUUGCCAUUGGGAAGACAGCCCAUUUUUCACAGUUCUCGAAAGGAGUGGGCAUGCUGUACCACCAAGUGCCAACAAUAACACCAAGCGUCUGACCUGUAUGGACUCUGGGGAUCCUUCCCUUGGACAAAAUGAUCCCCCUACCAUUUUGCCCAAUACUGUUCCUGAAACACAUGAUCCACUCACAUCACAGAAUAUACCAGAGACACUGACUGACACACAGGCCCUUCAUGAAGAGCAAUUUCAUCUUUUGGACCAAAAUGGGCAGCCUAUUCAAUAUGACCUUCAGUCUUUGGGAAAUUCUACUGCACAAAUGACAGGGAUGGAGCAAGUGGUUAUACCUCAGGAGUCGUUUGCAGACGUGUGUAGUCCUCCAGGUGUCUCUGAAGAGAAGCCCAUUGGUGGGAGUUUGCCAGCUGUAAGCACAGAUGCUCUAGAAGACAGCGCCAGUAGCUACAGUCUUCACUCACAAGCAUCCCUCGUGGGACCCAGAAAGUCAGGGACCAGAACUCUUGAAGAACCUUUGCUGGCCCCUCUCCAGCCACUUUCUUGUAACACACCCAUGUGGGCCUGCCGUCUUAGGAGUUGUGAGAAAAUUGGAGAUUCCUACCGUGGCUACUGUGUAAGUGAGACUGAAUUAGAAAGCGUCCUAACUUUUCACAAGCAGCAAACACAGACUGUCUGGGGCACUCGCCAAUCUCCAAGCCCAGCCAAACCUGCCACACGCUUGAUGUGGAAGUCUCAGUAUGUCCCCUAUGACGGCAUCCCGUUUGUCAAUGCAGGAAGUCGAGCUGUUGUAAUGGAGUGUCAGUAUGGACCAAGGAGAAAAGGUUUUCAGUUAAAAAAAAUCAGCGAGCAAGAAAGUAGGUCUUGUCAUCUCUACAAAGCUACUUGUCCAGCCAGGAUAUACAUUAAAAAGGUACAGAAAUUUCCUGACUAUAGAGUACCUACUGACCCCCAGAUUGAUAGGAAGACAAUCCGGAUGGAGCAGGAGAAAGCCUUCACUAUGCUGAAGAAGAACCUGGUGGACGCGGGCGGUGUCCUUCGGUGGUAUGUGCAGUUACCUACGCAGCAAGCUCACCAGUAUCAUGAACCAGAGACUCCCGGUGUCCCUUUGUCACCGUCACCUUUCCCUAUGUCUCCUCUUGAGGAAGAGGAGGCUAUAAUCAGAGAUGAGAACUGUGUGUUGCCCUCUCGUCUCCACCCGCAAGUAGCGCAUAAGAUCCAGGAGUUAGUGUCCCAGGGAGUGGGGCAAGUGUAUGCAGUGAGGAAGCAGCUAAGAAAAUUUGUGGAAAGAGAACUGUUCAAACCUGAUGAGGUACCUGAAAGACAUAAUUUAUCUUUUUUUCCAACUGUAAAUGAUAUCAAAAAUCAUAUCCACGAGGUACAGAAAUCCUUGCAGACUGGAGAUGUGGUAUAUAACUCAGAGAUUAUUCCAGCAACGCUUCAGUGGACUACAGAUAGUGGAAAUAUCCUCAGAGAGACUGUAACAGUUACAUUUGCAGAAGGAAAUUUACUAAAAGAGCCGAUUACCAGCAAAAUGGGGACAAGUCAGACACAAACUUCUUUGUCUCCAGAACCACUUCCCUUGCUCUCCCCACUUUCUUCAUUUCAGCCCAAAAUAUUUACACAUUUACAGGCUUUGAAGUUGCAGCCAAGACUCUCCUCUCCUGAUGGAUCCCAGGCUUUGGUGUCAGUAAAUAGCCAUCCAUCCUCCAGUCCCCCCGGCCUUGAUACGGCAGGAAAUGCUGAAGCCAAUAACCACUCUCUACUGCUUGGCCAGAGUCAAAACCUUGGAACAGACACUUGCCUACCCGAGAACAGCAGCACGGCCUCUCCCAUGGGCAGUCUUCCGGAGUCAGUUCAGAACCUAGUUGCAGUGGAUCAGCUGGUGGGAGGUGAGGAUGCUGAGGAUGCUGGGAAUCUGGAAGGAAAUGUAAAGAGGACUCUGUUGGGAGAUGCACACACCAUUCCAAUACACAUCCUAGACAGCCAUCCAGCUCUUGUUGAAGAAGAUACUCUGUCCAUGAACCAAGUUAAACAAGAACCCAAUGAGCCAACACUGUCUACAGAAGCAAAGACUUUGCUGGACUGUAAAAACGUGUCUGCUACAUAAAUAUUUCAAGUUUUUCAGAAUUUACAGAUCUGGCCCCUUCUGAUGUCUUAGAAGGUGAAGAUUGUCAGGGCAUGGUAUAUCACUGGACCAGAGUGGAUGAUGGGCAGUUUUGACUUAAAAUUCAAAUAUUUGUUGCAAAUUCUAUAUUUGUAUUUCCCUUAAGAAAUAUUUUACUUUAUUUUGUAUUCCUACAAUUUUUUUAUUAUUCAGUAAGGCAAGUAUUUUAAAAGAUCAUCUAUCUGAAGUUAUACAUAGUAAUUUAGUGUGAACGUAAAUAGUUAUAUCCAGUUUUGGUUCUUACAAGACAGAAAAGACCAACAAUAAAGCAGUAUGUGAGUGCACAUAUAGGUGUGUCAGAAAAUUUAAAGCUGUGAGAAGAGUUUUGAUUAACAGACAGGUAAGAGAAUACUUAUCAUCUGUUUAUCUGGAAAGAUAGAGCCAUAGAUUUCUAUGGUAGCAUAGAGCCACCAGUCACAUCCCUCAAUGCUGAAUUUGCAGUUUAUCCUCAGUUUUAUAUCUUUAACUGUAAAGGAAUGGUACUAAAGGUCAUCUGUCAGAAAUUUCAGUGACUUGGUAAGUUUUGAAAAGUUGAAUUAAUCAGAUAAAUAACACAAAUCAAUGUAUUUGGCAUAUUUUUAUAUGGAAUUGGAGGCAAAUCCCUACCUAGGAAUAGAAAUAUAAAAAAUUCAGAGUAUUGGGGGGAAAGGUUAGAAUUCCCUACUGUUUACAGAUCAUUUGGGGGAACUUUUGAUGAUAGCAAAAUUUUUGUUGUUUUUUAAAUAUUCAAUUUCGACUAGAAAAUAGUUUAAAUAGUAUUUACAUUUUUUCUGUACUAGUGUUCUUACUGAAUUGAUAGUAUUACAAUUUAUAUAUUUCAAGGUAAGUAUAUAUAGCUUCAAAUUUAGUUCAUAUUUGAAACAUUAAAAUAUCUGAUCUGAUAUUUGUUUGUUAAAUAAGUACAUUUAUACUUAGUACCAAAUAACUAGUAACCAGUAUGUUUAUUAUAAAGUUGUUUUCAUGGAAGAGUGACUAGGUAGAAAUUUCAAAUGUAACUCUCAUGAAAUUAACCUAGCUGAAGGGUAGUGGUGCACGUCUGUAAUCCCAGCACUGAGGAGGGAGAGAACUUGGUUUGUAAACUCAGAUUUGCCUAGGCUACAUAGUGAGACCUUACUAAGAAAGAAAGGGGGAUCACCUACAAGAUUCUUUUUCUGGAGAUUCAUUUUUGAGUUAUGUAAAUUUUUAUUUUUAAAAAUAAGAACUUAAAUGGAUAUUAAAGUUUAAUAUUCAAAGCAUGAACAAUGUAAUUGAUACCUGACCUUGAUACUUUAUGUGGAUCGACUUUCCUAAAGUCUGAUUUCCCAUUAUUAUUCACUUUGCUUUAGGUGUAUUACCUGUACCUAAAGAUAAAACACUGUUAUUUUAAAAGUAGGCAGAACUCUAAAAUUCAUUAUCUUUACAUCUAUAUCCUAGUCAACAUAAAGUUUAUUAUAGCCCUAUUGAAAGCAAAGUUCAUAUAUAAUUACACGUAUGAUUGUUAAUAGGAACUGCUUUUCUUUUUUAAAAGAAAGAACUGAAGAUAUCUGGUGCCAGUAUUUAUAGCAGCAGACGACUAAACCUGAAUAUAUUAUACUAAGUUUAAUACAACUCUAGUCACUUCAAAAUCUAGGUUCUCUUAGUCUGUGCAUACUUAACAGGAACAAGAUCAAAUUAGUAUGUAGUUUAGGACUGAAUUACAGGUUUCGUUAUCUGUGUUAUAGAAACUGUUUCAAGAACAGGUUUUCAUCUUUCAAUAAUGAUUAUGGUUUAUUACUAAAUAUUCACUCACAGAGGAAUAUUCUCUUGGAGACAUUCUUUUUUUAUUUGGAUUGCUAAGGAGAAAUGCUGUUAAGGAACAAACUAGUCAAUUUCUGUUGUGUGAGGGCAAGGAGAGAAGAGCAGAGGAUCUGAUGGUUACUAUGUAAUCAGGAACACAUACCGUGACAUGUGUUUCUGUCACUCCACUCCACCAGGCAUAGCGGCAGACACCUUUAGUUUCAGUGGAUCUCUGUGAGCUCCAGGGUAGCCUGGCCGACACAGUGAGAUCAGGACAGCCAGAGCUACAUAGUGAGACCCAGGAAGAAAGAAAAAAAACAUGUUUCUGUCACUUCAUUCUGUUUGAAUAGGUCUUCUGUUAAUAUUUUUUAUCAUGAGAAUAGAAAGUUACAUAUAUUCUUCCCACAAACAAAAAGAAAACAGAAAACUGAACACUUAAAUCCCUAAUUGUAUAUUCUUGCAUUUUUUUAGGUAGAAACUGGAACUAUUAAUAUUUUUGUGUAUUUAAAUAAGUAGUUCUUAAAGAUGGUAUCUAAUAAGUUUAAAAAUUCAUUUGUCUUCUAAACUCAUGUGUAGUCACAGCGUGUCAGUAUUGGCCAAAGGUGCUUAGCAUCAGUAUUCGAAAACUAUGUUUACAUAUUUAAAUGUUUAAUUCUUUACAAAUGUACCAGAUCUUAAACACAAGUGUAUAAAAAUUUCAGUCUCUGUAUUUGGCAUUCACUUAACAACUCCACAGCAAACUUUGAUAGUACCCUUUGGUUCAUGUAUGACAAGAUGGAGUAGGAGCUGAGGGGGAGCUGGACAUUUAAAAUAAGCAGUUAGGAAUUCAUAAUCAUAGCCUGGAUUGUUUCUUUGUAGUUUUCUUGUUCAAAACCUCCAAGUAAACUUUGUAUAUACACCAGGAAAUUAUCGAUGAACCACCACAGGAGACUUUCCCCCCAGUAGUAAUUUUCUAUGUAAGCAGCCAAUGUACUUAAAAAGCUUUAACAUCUUAUGCAAAGUAAAUGUUUCCUAACCACCACAGAAGUGAUAGGAAACAUGAACUCUGGGUCCGGUAUUGAAGUUUUUAAUCUUAGCCCCAGCUUGUGCUUCAUCUUGUUUCUAUCCUGUCAAACUAUAUAUGUAAUCAUGUGGGUAUGAGACAGUGUUUACUUUAUACCGGGUUUGUAAAAAGAUUUCAAAAUGUGUAUGUAUAUAUUGUAACUUGAUGUACAGUGUUCUUAUUAUAAUGUAAUUUUUUAUUAAAAAUUCUGUUUUUUCUUA